AUGUCGGGUGUCGGACCCGUUGGGCUGGAUUGUCCCACUGCCUGCCCCUCAGGUCUGACUGGACAUUCUGGUCUUCCUGGCAUGAAAGGCCACAAAGGUGUUAAAGGUGAAUCAGGUGAGCCAGGAAGACAAGGCCACAAGGGAGAAGAGGGUGAGCAAGGACCACCUGGUGACGUUGGAGCUCAAGGACUACCAGGCCCAGGUGGACCAAGAGGCUAUCCUGGAAUAGUGGGGUCCAAAGGUGACAGGGGACCUCGUGGAAAGCCUGGGGAUGUAGGUCCUCGAGGAAUUGUGGGAGCCCCAGGUGAUCCAGGUCAAAGAGGAGCUGUAGGUGAGACUGGACCAACAGGAGUGCAGGGGGAACGAGGACCACCUGGAAUCAGAGGAGUACCAGGACCAAAGGGAGGACCUGGACUUCCUGGUCCAGAUGGACGUGAGGGAAUUCCUGGGCUGCCUGGGUCAAAGGGUCUUCCAGGGAAAAGUGGGGCUCCAGGUGAUGCUGGCCCACAGGGACUUCCUGGUUUGCCAGGAGCAUACGGACCAAAGGGGCAUGGUGGCACAAAGGGUAACACAGGAGACCCAGGAGUUGUGGGACUAAUGGGGUCUCCAGGGAAACAAGGCGAGCGUGGCGAGCAGGGAGUGGUGGGACCUGUUGGACCCAGAGGAGGACCUGGUGAACGUGGAGAGAAGGGGCCUGACGGGCCUCCAGGAUUAUCAGGAGCCAGGGGAGGCAAAGGGAGUCCAGGCCUUCCAGGACUUCCAGGCCCUGCUGGUUACACAGGCCAGAAGGGAGACAGGGGUGUAGUUGGUUUCAGUGGCCCAAAAGGAGAACAGGGCCCUCCAGGUGCUGAAGGACUAUCUGGAGAUAAAGGAGAAACAGGGGACGAAGGAGAACCAGGAGAGAAAGGAACUUCAGGCCCACCAGGAGAAACGGGAAACAAAGGACCGGAAGGCGGCCGAGGACAACCAGGCAAAGAGGGCAAGCAUGGACAGCCAGGACCCCGAGGCAUGCAGGGAGACAGGGGGGUCCCAGGCCUGCCAGGAUCACAAGGACCACCGGGGAAAUCUCCCACAGAUUCACACAUCAAACAAGUGUGCAGGAGAGUAAUGCAAGAGCAGCUGGCCCAGCUAGCGGCCAGCCUAAGCAGACCUGAAUCAGGCAUUGCUGGGCUCCCCGGCCCUCCUGGUCCACCUGGACCACCAGGUGCUACUGGAGAAAAUGGAUUUCCUGGCCACACUGGUUCAAGAGGUCUUCCUGGACUAAAGGGUCCUCCUGGAUUACUUGGUCGUAAAGGACCUAAAGGUGAUCAGGGUGACCGAGGGGACAGAGGACCUACGGUGAGGGGACCCAAAGGAGAACUAGGGGUUCCCGGUCUCCCAGGUAAACCUGGUCGCCCAGCUUACGGUACUGACGGCCGUGAUGGAGAGAGGGGACCCCGCGGUGUUUCUGGUCUCAACGGAGUGCCUGGGCCUCCAGGUCCCCCUGGUUUGAACGGUUACUGUGAGCCAUCGCAGUGCGUCAUGCCCGUGAUGGCACAGCCAGUCUCUGCAAAAGACUCUGGAAUGAAGGGCCCCAACGAGAUAUGAGAGGGGACCCGAGGUGAGCUGUGGGGAAAAUGAUAGAUAGAUUGGAGAGAAACCAAACUUCGACAGAAGAUUUGUCCAUUUGGGGUUUUAUCACUCGUUGCAACUGAAUUACUGCUGACACUAAAAACAUUCAACUUUUGAAGCAGCUUUCCAUAAAAGGUUUUAUUUUACUUCACUGUAGCCAUCUCUGAACUGUAAAAUAAAAGUGCAU